UCGAGGAAUAUAUAUGGUGAACACGUUAUAAUGGCUUGCCAAAGCGUGCACUGUUAAUAUAAUAACCAGCCAGACUGCGAUAUAAUGCGUUCUUUACCCUAAAUACCGCUUCUUUGAAUUUAGAUCAUUUUUUUUUUAAAUCAGAUCGGUGAAAUUUCGUGCUGUGCCAAGUCGCUUGCAUUUUUAUGAUUUGAUCAAAAUGGAAUAUUGGUUUCUUGUUUUUGUGGUGCAUUUUUUGGGAUGUGUUCGCUGCUACUAUGAAGCAGAUGCCGAUACAUCUCCUGUGCCUAAUAUCUAUUAUGAGCCCCAGUCUGGAAAAUCUUUUCGAUUGUCAUCUAUCGAGAACGUGCUGAUAAAUAGGAUGACGAAUGACGGCAGCGGCGACGAAACGCAGCCAGUGGCGCACGUCAAAAGCACCGCACAGAAAUGGGGCGGCAACGCCUUGACAAGGCGCCUUGCCUACAGAAGUAACGGGUGCACAUGUCAAGGGUUUAUUUGCGGCUGUUGUCUAGGAAUCAACCUUAACCAGUUUCAAUUUAACAGAGAAGGUUGUAUGAAUUUCACCUAUGAACCUCAGGAGUUUGCAGUUACUAUGAACAUGGUAAUGGACGGAAACUCUGUCUUCUCGUAUACGUUUUCAGCUAAAAAUCCACCACCAUUGUGUAUUCCCGUACCAAUACCGUACGUUCCCCUUCAAGUCGAGACCUGUGCGAGACUAUAUGACAUCUAUACACCCGGCCAAAACCUGCACAUGUGUUUUGAUUUUGAGACGAGGAUUGAAAGGGCCACAGUUCUCGUGUUGCAUUUCGAUUGUAUGCGAAUGGGGAAUGACGGUGUGGCGUUCGUCAAACCGGGAGACGUUGGGGCAUUGCCCCCUUCUUUAACCACCCCUUCAUCGCAGCUGGAUUCCGAUGUUUAUGAUCAAGUAACGGAAAUUAAAAAGAAUAACCAAGAAUAAGACGUCAGACACAUAAAAUCUUUCUCUGUUAGAUGUUCAUCCUGGAGAGGGGUUACUAAAGGUUACAUUUGCAUAUUUUUAUCCUUAGCAAGUAUCUAAAAUUCUGUUUCUUUUACGUUUAUUAGUAGUGUUUCCAGUUAUUUCGGAAAAGGAUGUAAAAAGUUUACUUGGAAAGUUAUUCCAC